AUGUGGCCACCACCUGCAGCUCGCCCUAUCAAACGUCGUACCUCAAGCGAUGAUUCCGAAAUGGCACUCAUAUACUUAUUUCAGGGAGGACCGUCCUUGUCGAACAGUGAUGGUCUUGUGGAUUACUCGAUUCUUAGCAGAUGUGCAGCAGAGUUCUUUUGCGUCCUUAUUUUUACAUUCGCAGGCAGUAUGCAAGCUCAGGGAGCUGAAGCAGAUGGUCUUCUUCAUGCAGCUUUAACUCAUGGUUUCAUGCUUUUUCUCCUGAUAGCAGCGUUCGGUGGUAUAAGUGGAGCACAUGUGAACCCGGCUGUUACGAUAGGAAUCACAGCAGUUGGGAAGUUACCAGUAAUUGAAUGCAUUGUUUAUGUUCUAAGUCAACUCAGCGGAUCUAUUGUUGGAGCCACAUUAACAAGAGCUGUUUGCUCCUACAGUACCUAUGUGUCAAUUCAAGGAGGAGCAACGAUAUUAUCAGAAGCUCAUCAAUGGUAUCAAGGUUUGCUGGUGGAAACAUUUGCUACAUUCCUUCUCGUUAUGGUCAUCUUGUUAACCGCUGUUGAUAAAUGUGAUAAUCUUCUGGCUCCGUUAGCUAUAGGGCUUACCGUAGCUGUUGAUAUACUAGCCAUCGGAAAUGUGAGUGGCGGGUCUAUGAACCCAGCUCGUUCAUUCGGUCCAAACAUUGUCGGAAGUAUUUUCAUCAAAGCAAAUGAUUUGUCAUCACUAUUGUGGGCUUAUCAUUGGAUUUACUACAUUGGACCCUGCACGGGAUCUAUCAUCGCCUCAAUAAUCUAUAAAACAUUUUUUGCUCGUGAAGCUCGAGUAUUCGACUGA